GAAUUUUGCCAGUCGGUCGGCCAGGUGCUCUCGCUCGUCGGCGGCGCAUAAUCUUUUUCUCGGUGGGUUCAUCCUCCGCCCCACUCGUUCCCAUCUCGAUCUGAUCCUUUAGCAAUGAAUCGUGUGCUACAAACGCGCUUCUUCUCUCUCGCCAAUGUGUCCUUUUUGAAAGCCGCUUCGCUCUUUGCCGAUGGAUGUUCAGGUCAUGGAGUUGUCAAACUGCAACAAGGCCAUGUUAGCCUACCAUCUAAUAGGAGAGUUGUCUGUGGAUUUAGUUCUUGUUCUUUGUCCCAAGAUUUAGCUAGCAAGAAAUGUGCGCCAUGUAAUGCAAAGGAUUUACAAGCAAUGUCUGAGCAAUCAGCUAAUGAACUACUUGCACAGGUUCAGGGAUGGGGAUUGCUAACUGAAGGAGGUAUUCUGAAGUUACACCGAUCAUGGAAAGUGAAGAGCUUUACAAAAGGAUUGGAGUUCUUUAAACUUGUAGCAGAAAUUGCUGAGGCAGAAGGUCAUCAUCCUGAUCUUCAUCUGGUUGGUUGGAAUAAUGUCAAAAUUGACUUGUGGACUCAUUCAGUUGGAGGGCUUACUGAGAACGACUUUAUUCUCGCUGCAAAGAUCAAUUCCCUCAAGAUUGAACAUCUUCUGAGGAGAAAAACCGCGCGUUGAAUGCUACACGCAUGCCUCACGGUCUGUUCUUCAUGUAUCUUUCAUAUCUGUAGUCUCUUAAAAACUUUUGCCCCAAUGCUUGUAGUUUGCAUAUUUUUCAUGGUCGGACGAGUUACGAAACCGAUUGGAAGAGUAUGCGUAUUCAUAAUCGAUCACAUCGCCUACCCCCUACUUCACCAUAUUUAUGUGGAAGUUGUACAAUGUUUUCACUCUUUAUCCAAUAUUGUGCUACCUUCUAUCA